AUGUUAGAUGUUAGCGAGCAGCUCCACAAUGAACCCCUUGAUCCGGAGCCUCACCAGCGUAACGUGUACUCACGGAAUACUCCGAUUUCAGUUAUUAUGCAUUUAGCAGUUGUUGACGUCGAAGGCCAAGCCUUUGUGGAGCGCAUCCUCAGCACAACUGUACACAGCUUGAUCAUUGCCAUUAUCUUCAUUAUCAUUAUCUUCAUUACCAUUAUCUUUAUUACCAUUAUCUUCAUUACCAUUAUCUUCAUUACCAUUAUCUUCAUUACCAUUAUCUUCAUUACCAUUAUCUUCAUUACCCAUUAUCUUCAUUACCCGUUAUCUUCAUUACCCAUUAUCUUCAUUACGGACGGGAUGACUAAUGGUGGAAGACUCACGCUGUACUAG